AUGCAGCUGACUCCAGUUCACACAUCUGAACCUGAGAAGACCGAGGAGAUGCCCGAGAAACAAUUGGGUGAGAUGACCGUGCAGGAGAGAUUGGACAGAAUUGAGAAGAAAGUCGAUGACACACAACGUGAAAUGAAAAAAGGGCUCAAGGAAAUCCUGAACCUCCUUUCUUCUGGGUAA